CGUGCAAACUUCAUCCCAAGCAAACGAAUUCCUGAUUUUCUUCGUGCAGAACUAACGAGUUCCUCUUCUCCUCACCUCAAGUAACAAACCAAUCAAAUAUGGAUUUGAUCAUCAACCAUCCAAACACGUCCAUCGAACAUGACGAAGAGUGCAUGUUUGCCAUGCAACUUGCCACUGCAUCUGUCUUCCCCAUGGUUUUGAAAGCAGCCAUCGAACUCGAGGUGCUUGAAAUCAUGGCCAGAUGUGGGCCAGGGGCCUACCUGUCAGCUUCUGAGGUCGCCUCUCACCUUUCCACACACAACCCAGAUGCCCCCGCCUUGCUAGAUCGUAUCAUGCGCCUCCUCGCUACCCACUCCGUUCUCACUUGCACUGUUAGCCCAUGCGGCGACGGCCGCAUAGAGAGGGUCUAUGGCCUGGCGCCUGUGUGCAGAUUCCUUGUUAGGAAUCAAGACGGUGUAUCUAUUGCACCCUUGCUGCUCUUGAGCCAUGAUAAGGUCGUUAUGGAAAGUUUGCACCACUUGAAAGAUGCAAUUUUUGAAGGGGGUCAACUGUUCGAUAAGGCACAUGAGAUGAGUGCAUACGAGUACACCUCCGUCGAUCUCAGGCUCCGCAAUCUCUUUAAUAAAGCAAUGUCGGACCACUCCACCAUUAUCAUGAAGAAGAUGCUAGACAUGUACAAGGGCUUUGAACGAUUCGAGCGGGUCGUCACUGUCGGAGGCGGGACAGGCGCUUCGCUUAGCAUGAUUAUCUCCAAAUACCCUCAUAUUAAGGGUAUCAAUUUCGACUUGCCCCAUGUCGUUGCUGAUGCACCUGAUUAUCCAGGUGUGGAGCAUGUUGGGGGAGAUAUGUUUGUUAGUAUUCCAAGUGCAGAUGCCAUUUUAGUGCAGGGCAUACUCACGGAUUGGGAGGACGAGCGGUGCUUGGAUAUUCUAAAGAAUUGCUACAAAGUGCUGCCCGAAUCUGGAAAGGUGAUCAUCGUGGAACCGGUUCUACCAGAUGUCACUGAGACAAAUGUAGUUGCUCAAGGAAUCUUCCAGGCUGAUAUGGUUAUUUCUGCCUUCAGUGCAGGUAGGAAGAAGACAGUGAAAGAGUUUGAGGCAUUUGCCAGAGGGGCUGGGUUUGCCGGUUUUAGAGUUGUAUGUAUUGCAUAUGACAAUUGGGCCAUGGAAUGUUACAAAAAGAUGUGAUGUUGAGCUUGCAACCAAAAUUAAAAAUAAAAUAAAAUAAAAGGUGCAUGUGUAUCAUUCAGUUUGUA